AUGCUCAACAACUUCCGCCGAUUUAUCACUUCGAUUAGUAGCUCGGCAGAUAGUCACAACUCUUCUUAUUCUGUCAACAUUGACUACAUUGAAAUUCCUAUCGAAGAAUGGAGUCAUAAAGUAGUCAUGAACUUUUUAUACAAGGAACAAUUCUUUGAAUUAAUGAACAAAGUUGCCAAAUUAAAAUACGAAGGACCUGACCUGCUCAAGACUAAUGAAACUCUGCAACACGAGUUGAGUGUUCAUGAGGAUGAAAUUACAGAAUUAUUAUCGCGAGUGGAGAGGGUCAAACUGAAACAAGGAUAUUAUCGUCGGAAACAACUCGAACAAGAGUAUGAGAGUGGUAGUGGUGUUGGAGGAGGUGCUCGUACUCCCCGUACUGCAGACACUUCCAACAAGUCCAUUCCAGUAACCAUAGCCUCAUCAUCAUCAUCGCCCACUUCACCGCAUCAUAACCACAAGGGUGCAACGAGUCAUUACAAUCAACAACACAAUAGUACGACCAGUCAGUUGAUGGGAACGGUGCAGUUGAGUUCCACGUUGGACAAUUCACAACUGCAACAACAACGACACUUGAUGAUGAAUGGUGGAAUGAACUCUAACACCACGGUGCUCAGUCAAUCGAUGCGAACGCCGACGACUUCAAAUAACUUUCAUCAUCAACACCACAACAACAACUUGAAUCAUGAGCCUCCUCUUUCGGGAAUGCAAGCCUACUCCAUGUUGUGCUCGACAUUUCUCACUCAAGAAAACAAUGAUACCAACACCUCGUCGUCAUCGAUGGCUUCAACAACUAGAAAACAACGACCCCGAAGCAAUGGCGGCUUGACCUUUGAUGCUCGUGCCCUCCGAUCCGAUCAUAACAAGGGAAAUCAUUCACCCAAAACAACAGCAUCACCUCUCAAUGUAUUUCCACCCACAGCAUCACCUCCCACUCGUUCUCAAGAUGGAACUCUGCAAAUGAACGAGAAGCGAUACGAAUUAUUGAAAGAAACAUUUAAAAAACAACUUAAAGAAUCUCAAUUACUUGCAGAAAGAUCCUAUCGGCUACAAAAGUACAAGAAUUGUUUUACUGGAAGUGAUGCAACUUCACUCAUUUAUCGAAUGAUUAGUGAGGGAAUAGCUUCAGCCACUCGUUUUGAUGCCAUUGAUAUUGGAAACAAAAUGAUCAAGGAUGGUUUUAUUAAGCACGUAUUGGGCAGUGAGGAUUUUAAAGAUGAAUCUAUGCAAUACUAUAUCAUUAAUGAAGACAAAACAGUCCCAGAAGAUCGUACGAGCUCUUCCAAAACACUCGCUUCUGCAAUUUUCGUCGAGGAAGAUCGAGCCAUCACCAAAGACAUUACCACUCCUGCCACUACAGAUUUGAUUAUGAAUGGGCAGGUUGGAAAGAAAAUAUUAACACUCAUUUCAAAUCCUGAUACCUUGCUGGAGGCGUUGGUUUUCUCACCAAGCUCACUUUCUGAAAAGGAAAAGCAAGGAAUGGAAAUUGUUAAGAAAAAAAUUUCACGUUUAAAGUAUCCAGUUUCAGAAGUCCAAUUACCUGCAGUUAUUCAAGAUUUAACAAUUCCAGAAAGAUUUUGUUAUAAUUAUUUGAAUCCAAAUAGGAUUCCACGUAGCAAAAAAGAAGCACUAGAGAAAAUUGAUGGUACUCAAUUUUUAACCAUCGGUUUAGCUGUUAUUUGUACCAAUAGUUUAGGAGGAGAGUUUUAUAGUUUUGCAUUGCUAAUAGGCACAUUUUUGGUUGAGUUUUCAGAUAGAGCAUUUUUGGCAUUGGUCAGAGAGAAGGAUUAUAAUUGUGUAGAUUUUAUCGAGCUCUCUACGAUCAAAGAAAAGGAAAAUAUUGAGCUAUGCCUCAAAACGGUGAGCAAAUGCUGCUGCAAAUGGAAUGAAAGAGCAGCUGGAAAAAAUUCAAACUCCAAAACAUUUGUCACUGAACUAUUUCGGUGGAUUGACAUUCCAGAUAGCACGGUUCAACGAGUAGUGAGUCAAAUUGAAACUGUAGUGGACAAUUAUCCAAUUAAUUCUAAAUCUAUAAUUUUACACAAGGAUCAAAUUGACACUAUUAUCAAAAUUGCAGAUUUACGUGAGAGAGGAAUUUCACCUUCUCUGAGACAAGUUUUGGAAGAUUGCAGUGCCAGCCAUGCCAAAAAAUUGACAUUUAGAACGCAUGCUGAUUUGGACGAAUUUUGCUUGCUCCUCAAAAAUACCAACAUCCUUAAUUCUGUACAAAAUUUACUGCUCACAGCGUUUGACAAGAACUUUUUCUGUCAAUAUUGUGAAAAUAUUAAUUUACCCAAUUCAGAACCAAUUUUGUACGAAAAUUGUCAAUCCUUAGGUUUGGAUCGUGGACUUGACUCAACAACCAUUUGUAAAAUAGAUGACAAAUAUUCGUGUGCCUUUAACGGACAUGGUAUUGCUAAAAAACUCGAACUUCCACCCUCCUUGGCAACUUCUGAAAUUUCACCUUCCACCUACCAAUACUUCCCUUGUAAUAUACCACUGCCACACCGAUCUCAAAAAGAUCAAUAA